GGCCAUCAUUCCGUGACUUUUAAGCGCCGCGACUGGUGAUACACAAUUACAGUUUACACUUCCCCAAUCGCAAUCGAGAUGUGCAAGUUCAGUUUGAUCCUGUUGUCCGUCCUCUUGGGCUGCCUUGUGUCCGGUGGAGCAGCUGGCAAGAUUCGCGUGGAUAGCCAUGAGAUCCGGGUGGUGAAGGACAUCAAUCUGUUUGUCGCCCAGCAUCCGGGUCUGCGGGUCCAGGCUUUGGACAAGGAGAUCGUGCCGGGAAAGGCGCGUGUUGGAGAUCAGACCGUUCGCUACAACCUGGGAGCCCGUAUUCCUAGCGAUCGUUUGGUGGCCCAGUCAGCCGACACCUUUGAGUAUUCCCGCUCGCAGGACGUCAGUCUGCAGCUCACCUAUCCGGAAAGUGGCGCUGGAUCCAUUGUUUCCUAUGUGGAGCUGCUGUGCACACAGGAUAACAACGAUGGAAAUGCUUAUGUGGUCGCCGGAGGCAUCGGCCAGCGAUACAUCUCCAUCAUCCUGGAGGCCAGCAACACCAAGAACUUCUCCUACCAGGCUCAGUAUUACGGCAUGUCGGACUAGGCAUCCUCUCCAGCUAUUGGAUAUUUUUUUUUUGCCCUGAAAUUUGUGUACCUAGACUACAAUCUAAAAGAAAUAUAUGUGUAUAAAGGCCGGCUAAUGUCGGUAUAAAUCGUGAGAUUACCUCGUUAUAAGUAA